GUUCAGGUCGGGAGGAUUGUUGAAAAUUCAGAUGCUGUUACAGAAGUUCUCAACAGUCCUGAGCUAUUAAGGCAAAUAAUAAAUUGCAUUGGUGGGGAGAGAAUAGCAGUGGCUAAAGAGGCCAUCAAAUCUCUCUCCAGAAUAGCACAGACACAAGAUGGUUUAGAGGCUUUGUUUGUGAGCAGCUUGUUGAGUGACUUGAAAAAUGUCAUGGCAACAAAUGAUGUUGUUCGAUACCGAGUGUACGAGUUAAUUGUUGAGAUCUCUUCAGUGUCAGCAGAGUCACUAAAUUACUGUGUGAACAGUGGACUAAUAUCAGAGUUAAUUGGAGAGCUGACUGGAGAUGACAUGCUGGUCAGGGCUACCUGCAUAGAGAUGGUGACCUCACUGGCUCACACCCCCCACGGGCGUCAGUAUCUUGCUCAACAAGGAGUUAUCGACAAAAUUUCCAAUAUCAUUGUUGGAGCAGAGUCUGAUCCUUUCUCAGGCUUCUAUUUGCCAGGAUUUGUUAAAUUUUUUGGGAAUCUGGCUGUUGUGGACAGUCCACAGCAGAUCUGUGAACGAUACCCGGUCUUUAUAGAGAAAGUCUUUGAGAUGGCAGAAAGUCACGAUCCGACCAUGAUUGGAGUGGCUGUGGACACACUAGGAAUCCUGGGAUCAAAUGUGGAAGGCAAACAGGUUUUACAGAAAACCAGAAGUAGAUUUCAGAGCCUGUUAAGCAAAAUAGGGCACCAGGCAAAGAAUGCCCCCACGGAGUUACGACUUCGAUGCUUGGAUGCGAUUUCAUCUCUUCUUUACUUGCCUCCGGAGCAGCAGACAGAAGACCUUUUAAGAAUGACUGAAUCCUGGUUCACAUCCUUGUCUAGCCAGCCUUUGGAACUCUUCAGGAGCAUCAGUACUCAGCCAUUCCCUGAUCUCCACUGUGGGGCUUUACGGGUAUUUACUGCUAUUGCCAAUCAACCAUGGGCCCAGAAGUUGAUGCUUGACAGUCCAGGCUUUGUGGAGUACGUUGUAGACAGAUCUGUGGAGCCUGACAAAGCCUCAAAGGAUGCCAAAUAUGAACUGGUCAAGGCCCUUGUAAACUCUAAAACAAUUGCAGAAAUCUUUGGGAAUCAGUAUUACUUGAGGCUUAGAGCUUACUUGCAUGAGGGCCCUUACUAUGUUAAGGCAGUUGCUACUACAGCUGUGGAAGGAGCAGAGUAA